GAGAGCAGAAUGUGGCACAACCAGAGGAAGAAGAAAUGCUCGAACCAGGAACCAGGACUCAGGACAAGCUAUACCGCUUGUAGUCGAGAGCUGCAUCCGAUACAUCAAUUUAUAUGGACUCCAGCAGCAGGGGAUCUUCAGAGUGCCAGGAUCUCAGGUCGAAGUCAACGACAUCAAAAAUUCCUUUGAGAGAGGCGAAGAUCCCCUUGUGGAUGAUCAAAAUGAACGCGAUAUCAAUUCAGUCGCUGGUGUUUUAAAACUGUAUUUCCGAGGACUGGAAAACCCGCUCUUUCCUAAGGAAAGGUUUCAAGAUUUGAUAUCUACAAUUAAACUGGAAAACCCAGCUGAGAGGGUGCACCAGAUCCAGCAAAUCCUCAUCACCCUCCCCCGUGUGGUCAUCGUGGUCAUGAGAUACCUCUUCGCUUUCCUCAACCACCUCUCGCAGUACAGUGACGAGAACAUGAUGGACCCCUACAACCUGGCCAUCUGCUUCGGGCCCACCCUCAUGCACAUUCCUGAUGGGCAGGACCCCGUGUCCUGCCAGGCACACGUCAAUGAAGUCAUCAAAACCAUCAUCAUCCAUCAUGAAGCCAUCUUCCCCAGUCCCCGCGAGCUAGAGGGACCUGUGUAUGAAAAGUGCAUGGCAGGAGGGGAAGAAUAUUGUGACAGCCCACACAGCGAGCCAGGGACCAUCGAUGAAGUUGACCACGACAAUGGCACUGAGCCUCACACCAGUGACGAAGAAGUGGAGCAGAUUGAGGCCAUCGCCAAGUUUGACUAUGUGGGGCGGUCCCCACGUGAGCUGUCCUUCAAGAAGGGGGCCUCCCUGCUACUGUACCACCGCGCCUCAGAGGACUGGUGGGAAGGCCGUCACAACGGCGUAGACGGACUCAUCCCACAUCAGUACAUUGUCGUACAGGACAUGGAUGAUGCCUUCUCGGACAGCCUGAGUCAAAAGGCUGACAGCGAAGCCAGCAGUGGGCCUCUGCUGGAUGACAAGGCCUCCUCCAAAAAUGACCUCCAAUCCCCCACGGAGCACAUCUCGGAUUACGGCUUUGGGGGGGUGAUGGGACGAGUGCGGUUACGAUCCGAUGGAGCAGCCAUCCCCAGGCGCCGAAGCGGGGGCGACACACACAGCCCACCCCGGGGCCUGGGCCCCAGCAUAGACACGCCGCCCCGGGCUGCCGCCUGCCCCAGCAGCCCCCACAAAAUCCCCCUCACCCGGGGGAGGAUCGAGAGCCCUGAGAAGCGGAGGAUGGCGACGUUUGGGAGCGCUGGCAGCAUCAACUACCCCGACAAGAAGGCGCUCUCCGAAGGGCUCUCCAUGAGGUCGACAUGUGGCUCCACCAGGCACAGCAGCCUGGGGGACCACAAGUCCCUGGAGGCUGAGGCCCUGGCAGAAGACAUCGAGAAGACCAUGAGCACGGCUCUGCACGAGCUGCGGGAGCUCGAGAGGCAGAACACGGUCAAGCAGGCUCCGGACGUGGUGCUGGACACGCUGGAGCCCCUGAAGAACCCGCCAGGCCCCGUCAGCUCGGAGCCCGCCAGUCCGCUGCACACCAUCGUCAUCCGCGACCCAGACGCCGCUAUGCGCCGCAGCAGCAGCUCCUCCACCGAGAUGAUGACCACCUUCAAGCCGGCCCUGUCGGCCCGCCUGGCCGGCGCCCAGCUGCGCCCACCCCCAGUGCGGCCCGCGCGGCCGGCGCUGCAGCACCGCUCCAGCAGCAGCAGCAGCUCGGGCGUGGGCAGCCCGGCCGUGACGCCCACCGAGAAGGGCUUCGGCGGCCCAGCGGACAGGUCGGGCACCAUGUGACCCGCAGCGGGGGCGGGUGGCCGCGGGGCCUCCUGGGAGGUGGCCUGGGCGCCGAGCCGCGCAGGCGCUCGCAGCCGCCGGCGUUCGGGGAGCCCCGCCCACCGGGCGUGCGAACGGCCCGAGGGCUGCGCGGCAGGCGCUGUCCGGGCGUGAACGUUUCCUAAGCGCGGGGCCCGACAUCCGACGGCUUCGCCUGCACAUCGUCACUGGAAAAUCACUCUCUGCAUUCUCUGCAUACAUAAAUAUGUGUGUACGAUAUGUGUGCAUAUAUACACAUAUAUAUGUAUGUAUGUGUCUUAGGUGUGUGUAUAUAUAUAUAUAUUUAUGCAUCUAUAUACAUAUACUAGAUCUGGACACACAUACUAAAUGUAUAUAGGAUCUCCUUUUUGUUUUUAUGAAACUUAGAUUUACCUCAGACCCAUGCCACCAAACAUCUCCCACUGAGUUAUUUGGUGGGAUUUGCAGGGACUUUUCUGGGAGAAUUGAGAGGCCCACAGUAACUGCGAAUGAAGCAAUAUACCACUAACCUGCAGAAAAACAAAGUCUCCCACUGUCUCCAGAAGUCGUGGCCUUCCAAAACAGUCUGCCCCUAAAGGAAGGGUGGGGCAGGCAGUACCCAAAGCAGGCUGCUCCUAGAGGUGGGGAACCCUUCACAGAACCCCCCUGCCCCCCAUCUACCCAAGACCCUGCCUUUCCAUCCAGAGGCCAAGGGCCAAUAGUACCUCUGAAGGCACGGGAGGAUGUUGGUGAGAAGACUCCUGACCACAGCAUCCUUGUAUUUGUAUGUAGAAAAGGGGGAUAGUGAGAAUUUAAAGCCCAUCAUAGCACACUAUUGUGUGUGGUUGGGUAAAAAGAAACAAAACAGUGGUGUGGAACCCUUCAAAAUCUAGAAGAGCUGUAGGAAUAAAUCUGUGGUAACUAUAGAGGUUUAACUUACACCAUUUUCAAAAUAAUUAUUUCUUUUCCUCUUUCUACUAAUUAUACUGUGUCAGAUUUGGGACUAAACAGGCAAGGAGGCUUUGAGUCACAUCAUUUUAAUUUAAAAUCAGGCCGUGAUGCACUCUGGCUGGUGCCCUCUUGCAUGAAGCGCAUGAGCCCUAAUUGCCCAGCUCAGACCUGGGGCCGAGGAGGGGCAGCCCUUGGCACUUUCUGCCCUAGGGAAUGCUUCAGAUGAGUUUAUGCAAGUGAAAAUGCUUUCCCCUCUCCCUUCCUUUGCCUUUCCCCUGCCGCCCCUAGAACAUCUGAUGUAAGUGGAAAUACAGUGAUAGAACUGGGGUGUAUGAUCUUCAAGUGUUAUGAGCCAGGCUUCUCUGCCUUUUGGUUGGGAAAAGGUCUGGAUCACGGUCAUUCGGUUCCACUUUACUUCCUCUUUUGAUCUCUUCAUUUUCCAGAGAUGAGCUGUUUCUGGAUAAUGGAACAUAGGCAAAUCAGAUUCUAUUGGGACCCCUUUCCCUCACUCCCCUCAUGCCAAGCCAAGGCCUUCCUCCCUAUUGUUUUUAAGCUUCAUGUUUUCUCUCUCUUGAGGCCUGAGUGUGUCCCCCUGGGUCAAACGUCCUGUGAGUCCAGCCCCCACUACUUACUUACUCCACCUCAUUGAGCCUGAGUUUCCUGCUCCAUAAAAUGAAGAUGAUAAAAAUAAAAAGUCAAUGAGCAAGCUGUGUAAACUGGGAAGUAUUUUGCCAACACAAUUGCUCUUUUUAUUAUCAUUAGUAAGGUAAGUCUCUUAGAUCAAAAACCAUUCAAGACCUUGUUUUUUAAACUUAAUGGCAUUUGAGAAGUGGACUGGAAUGUUCCUGCCAGCUUCAUGGAAGCCCUGAAGCCCAGCCCGACAGAAAGAUGAGCUACUGAUGCUUGAAAUUCCAUCGUGACCAUUUCACCCCAUCGGAUUAAGCUUUGCCCUCUCCCCCGGUCCUCCAAAAAAGGCAAAUUCUUCCCUGAGGGAGGGACCUGUUAGGUUACUAAUAACUGGGUGUGUAGGAGUGUAAGCCGCCCUGCCUUGUCUGAACAACAGGGCUUGAGGGCACGCAGUGGAAGGAAGAAUCAACAGAGGGCGCCAAGAGAAUGCCAGGGAAGGGCCAGCAGCAACCUUGACCUUGUUUGGCCUGUAAUGAACUGUUCUCUUUCAGCUCCUGGAAAGGAAAGAGCCUCAGAACUAGCUAAGAGCCCUCUGCCUCUGAGCACACAAAGACAUCCCCAGUUACAGCCUGGGAAAGAAAGCAAGGCCUUGGGAUGUGCUGUGAUUUGCCCGAGAUUUGAUAGAUAGCCAAGAGCUGUCUGUCCCAGGCUCAUAAAGUCACUUAUAUGCAGGGAUGCUAUACUGUUCAGCCAAGACACAAGACUUCUCGUUUCAACCCAAGGUACUCCCAUACCUUAAAUGCAGUAGCUGCCCAGACAAAAUUUAACAUUCUCUUCCCUGACUACCAGCUAAAAAGUAGAAAUUUGAGUUGAUAGAUCUGUUGCCUGCCUGUUCUACGUAACACCCGUCAGACCAUGCGGAUUUCCCUCUGAAUUGACUAAAGUUCAUUUUUCCUUACUGAAAACGGAUCUGCCUUUCACCAGAUUACCUAAAGGCAGGGCUGUUUCCUUUAAGCACCUAUGUUUCCACUGGGAAAUGGCAGAUAUAUUCACAUUUAGGGAAGUUCACACUCCAUUCAUCCAGCCCCAGAGCUGAGCCUUGACACAGAACCAAAUGGAAAAAUAUUUCUUACCCCCACCCCACUGGCAACGUCUUCAUCUGACACUAUGCAUGUCUCCACCACCUCCACACGCUCCCAGGCCCAUCCAGUCCCUGAGCAUUGGCUUCCUCUUCUGACUCCUGCCUGUGCUAGUCCACUGUGUAUUGCUGUAUUUGCUUAAAUGCUGGAAAGUAACUGUUAAAAUGUGAAACUGUAAUUUUUAAAAAGGCUACAGUUAAAUUAUAGCCAAUACCACUCACCAAAUCUUUGCACCUAGUAGAUAGAUCCAUGUAAAAAACAAAUACCAGAAACCUAACUGUACAGUGAGUGUGGGGAAAUGUAGUGACCUAGUUAGUAAUCCUCAAUAUAACCUAUUGUACAAGGGGAAGUGAUGUUUACCUACUUGUCCAUCACCAUUACUGAGAGCUGUCCUGAUCAGUUCAUUGAUAACGGGCAUUUUUAUUUUUUAUUAUUACUAUUAUUUUUUGCUUCACAGAAACCUUCGACUUACCCUGAGGUCAAGACUUUUGUCUUUAUGUGUAACCAAUGAUAUUCAGUCUAUUUUAGGAAUGAACCGGCAACAUGUUCAUUUAAAACUGACCAAAGACAAUUCAUUCCUGGUCUAGUUUCCUGGGCCCUGGGGCCCAGCUGCCGCUAAAGACCUUUCUCGGGUAAAAUUGAGAACAAGCUGUGCUUCCUACCCAACUCUCCCUCACUCCCCUUAUUACCCUUUCCUCUCAAAGAGCUGCUCUGAGCUGUGGGAUUCUAUGAAAAAUUCUUGCCUUUCCUUGUUUUCAGUGCUAACGAUUUUCUCACCUUGAAGCGCCUUUUGAACCCCGGACAGAGCACACAAUUGGAGGGAAUUUUAAGCUUGGAAAUUAGACUUGGGAGUCAUUUCUCUGAGGUCACCAGGCCAAGGGGCAGGAGAGAAGUGGAUUCCCAAAGGAUGAAAUCUGAGUAGGAAGAGACACAGGAAAAUGGAUCCACCCUUUGGCUACCAGCUGGAACCAGCAGUUCAGAGAUCUGCCUUAUAAACCUUUCAGAACUGGUCUGUAGUGCACAGAGGGGAGCCGGUGUGGGGAAUGGCCUUUAUAUGGGGCUUUCUUUGCUAUUGGGGUCUCCUGGAGUGCCUUUCAGGUAUAUUUCUUUCUCCUUGAGGAGGCAUGGAUGCCGAGGACUUCCUGUGACCCUGCCGUGACUUGGCACCAGUGCACAUACAUGGCUGAUGGAAAAUCCCAAGGACUAAUGCAAUGGUUCUUCCUCUUGGUGUUUCUAUUCUUAACUUUUCACACAUCCAGAUGGUUCCACACUAGAGCAAAUGCCUCAUUCUCCCGAGAAUCCCAGAAAGAAGAAUGGCUGACCUACAACCACAGUGGGGGACCCUGUUGGGCUUGGGAGGACAGGCGGGGAGGAAAAGGCGGGAAGGGGGUGAGCGGAGGUGUUGCUUAGCUGAUUUUCUGCCAUGCAGAGCUGAUGCUGACAUUUUAUGUCAACUUCCCGGGUUCUCUGGGGCCUCCUCUCUUUUGAGCAGCCUUGUAGAGAAUUCCCCACAUACCAAAGGCUGCACAAGGGGAGCUGAGAGAAGUCAGGUUGGAGUCCUGGCCUCUCUCGAGGUUGAUCUGCCAGUGUCCCGCUGUCCCAUCCUCUAGGACUGGCCGAAUGGCCAUCUCUGCUCCUUGCCGACACCUCCUUUCUGUGUGAACUGUCCCAGGCAAGUAACAAAGCUGUUCCUUGAACCAGAACAAGGGUGCACUUUGCCUUCCCUACGCGGAAGUAGAUUCUGGCUAGAGAUUCUGCUCAGGCUCCAGUUCCUGGCAGUGUGACUGUUUACUUGGUUUGGCAAUAGAUUUGGUUCUGAGUGCUUCAGAGUGGCUGGUCUCUUUUGUUUCUUUUGGUUUCCCUCCUCCCCAAACUGUCAGGAAAAAACAAACUGAAACCACCCUAGGAAACUGCUGGUUGCCUGUCCCAUGUGAUGAUAAGUGUUGCCCUCUUCCAGAUAUUGUUUUUCUACCUUAGAACCAAACGCCCGUCCCAUAGAGUGUCUGACUGGAUCCUCUGUUGCGUAUUCUGAUGGUGCCUGCUGGUUUGAUGUGGAGCUAUCCUGUGAAAUAAAACAGCUUAACUUUUCUCAAA